AUGUCUCCCUUUAUUCCCGCCCCUCCAGUUAUCCCAAUCUCAGUCAUCGUCCACGAAAACCCAACACAAGCGCCCAUCACACUCACCGAACCCCAUCCCCUCUACAACCUCUUCUACACCCUCGCCGCCACCUUAAUAUUCACCGCCAGUGUCCUGCGCGAACUCACACUGGUUUCCUUCGAUAACGAUGAUGAAGGUGAUGAUUGGGAUCUGGUGGAUCGUCGUUCCCGAGAGAUCAGAGAGUACUUGAUGCUGCACUUCCCGGUUAUCAAGUUCGUCGGCGACGUCCACUCUGAUAUUAAUAAGAACCCCGAUGGCGACGAGACCCCAUUCCAAUCGGAAAUUCUUCAAGAUAGACGACAGAUUAGGCAUACAAUCUUUGUCGACGUCGCCCUUUACAUCGCCCUCAACCGCGCCCUUACAGGCGGGAACUCCGAGUCACCACCAUACGAUGAUCCCAGCUACAGACCCUUACUCACCUUCUUUCUCCACGUCUGUCUUCUUCACGAGCUGGGGCAUAUAAUCCGCUCCGUCUUUGCUUCCAAACCAUCUCCCUCCAAGGAUGAUCUUCAUGAUGCACCGUCGCAGAAGCAGAAGCAAGUUCGGAAGGGACAAGUUGGGUUCGACGUGGAGAGAGGGGUGUUGGGAGGAAGGGUCGUACUCGGCUACGCCACCAACCCACCCCCAGUCCGCCAGUGGGAGAACGUCAAAGUGGUGGGAUUCCGCAAACUGGAUGGUCAGACUCAUUAUUUAUCAUGCGCCCAACACGAACAUCGCCUUUGGACCUUCUUCAAACGGGCAGAAAUAGACCGCAUAUCUGACCGAUUGGAAACACUCCCCACCGAGAACACCGUGACCAAUUUCCCUCUGCACGUAGUACCGCGUUCAUGCUCUGCCGAUUGUACUUCGACCUCUGCCAGUGGUGAUCAUGCACGUGGUGUGUGUGGGACCCGAGUCGAAGCUGAGAAUGAAAGCAUCGUCGUCGACCCUGUUGAACCUCCCACCCCUUCACCGGGUAUCAGUCCAACGUCCUCGACUCCCGAGUUGCCAUCCUGGGCUUCAAAAUGCAUCGUCUCAACCAGUGGCAGGAAAAUUUUGGUGUACGAUAGGACUAAAUUCUCGGAUGUGAUAUACGAUUAG